AUGAAAUGCUAUUUCCUAAGCCGUGGCACAAAAUAUCAUAUCUGUUCUGUGUGAGAGAGACAUUGGUUACUCCUAUACCUUCGUGAGCGAGAAAAACUAUUGGAAAAGUCCUUUGCCUUUGCCCAGAAACCCAUCCUCCGUAAGUGGAAUUUUUUUUGAUAUAUAAGUGAUAAUUAUUAUAAUGAAAUCUUUAGCUAAUUCUGUUUAAUUUCAAAACAGCUUGCAUUUUAAAACAUAAAUUUUACAAUUAAAUUAACAUCUACUUUCUAAUUUUGCGAAUUCGGAUUUUUACAUUUUAAAAACAAAUUACUGUAAUAUAUGAGCUAACAAAGUUUUUUUUUUCGUUCACGGAGGAGGAUUAAGCAGUUACCUUUCUAAGUUUCUGAUGAACAGGAGCAUUGAAGAAAAGAAUCGGCUUUACUUGUCCUUUUGCGUCUCUUUAAACGCUUUUUUUUCCAGGUAUCAUCUUAAAAUCCAAUGACUUCCUUCUUGGCAUGAAAGUGAAUUAAUUGAAUGUGAAUUUUGAAAGUAG